AGUGUUCUCCAUGAACUGCGAAACUUGAAAGUUGAAACCCACCACAAUAGCAGACUUUCAAAUUUGCCAUCAUUUGUGCAGGCAUUUAGUUUGAGAAGAGAAGAGAAGAAGGAUGGUUCUAAAUUUAAAACAUGUUCUAAUAAAUAGAAGUUUAAGCUCUUUUGCAUAGAAAUCUUGGUUGGUCCCAAUGCAUAUUGGUUUAUAUUUUAUAAGUUUAAAGCAGAUUGAUAUCAAUUGGAAGGUUCUAAACAGCCUUGCUGCAAGUUGAUGAAUACCUAAAACAACAUUGUAAGCUGUCUUUGAUGAAAGUUGUUUGUAAGGCUUAGAGGGGGAUCUUUCAUAUCUUUCGAGAUCCACCCUACAAUAUGGGAUCAAAAAACCAAAAUAAGUGAUUUGUUUUAAGCCCAGUGAGAUAGGAGUACUGGUUGAGAAAGUUAGCGGCAAGAUCCUCAUUCAGUGGACAUGGAAAAGCUCAUUAUAUUAUUGAGUAAGGGGAGUAAAAUUAUAACCAAUAAGAAGGAAAGAAAUCUAGUGAAAUACUUUUGUACUUAUUUUUUGAUUGUCAGAGGGACUUUUAAUAGUUAUUAUUUGACACAUAAUUUGCCUACUAAUAGUAUCCGUGACCUUUUCUUAUGAGAUCAGAUUCUGUCUUGGCAACCUUCUCAUUGUUUCAUAUCACUGCCAUUUAAAUUUGCGAUUUCUGAGCAUAUUCUUUCAGCAUGCAAUUUCAUAAAUUUUGAGCAUACGUGAUCCAGGUCUUAUACUUGAAAAAGACAACUUGUUAGCAAAAAUUUUGGGUAGUGUGGACUAACAGCUUGUAAUUUGUAGGCAUGUUUUUUCCUUUCCUUCAAUUUUUAGUUUGUGAUAUUGCAGGCAUUUAGAAACCCUGAGUUCCAGUUGUGUCUAAAUUUUCUUUUACUCUAUCAGUUCAAAAUGUAUGAUAUAUCCCAAAGGAGAUACACAUUCCUUUGCAAUCUUUUUAUUUGAUUGAAUCAGCAUGUCUAUCGUCAUGGAUGUAUGGAGUAAUUCUCAUGAUCUCGCUUCAUGGAGAUGUAGCUCUUAUUAUUCUGGUCUUUAGUGCCUGGAAUAUUCUCAUGCAUCCUUUGUCCUUGCAGCUCAUUAUAUUUCACUUUGCUUAUGCAUCAUAAACCUAUGAUACUAAACUUGCAUGCACUUUCAUGGGGAAUGCACUUGACACUGCAUUCCCUUCGGGCAGGGAAUGAGCAGGGCUGGAAUCUCUGGAGGGGCAGGAUCAUUGUAUGAUAUAGCACAAUUCAUCCUUAUGGCAGAAGUAGCUAAGGACUUGAUUGCUGGAACAGUCGGAGGGGCUGCGCUGUUGAUUGUGGGGCACCCAUUUGAUACCAUAAAGGUAAAGCUUCAAAGCCAGCCUACGCCACUUCCUGGCCAACUCCCCAAGUAUUCUGGUGCAAUGGAUGCGGUUAGACAAACAAUUACUGCAGAAGGCCCAAAGGGCUUAUUCAAAGGGAUGGGAGCUCCACUUGCCACUGUUGCAGCCUUCAAUGCCAUUCUCUUUUCUGCAAGGGGACGAAUGGAGGCACUGUUGAGGUCUGAACCUGGUGCGCCACUCUCACCGAACCAGCAAAUUGUAUGUGGCGCUGGUGCUGGGGUUGCAGUUUCAUUUCUAGCAUGUCCAACUGAAUUGAUCAAGUGCAGGUUGCAAGCCCAAAGUGCCUUGGCUGCACCAGCCUCUUCUGCUGGGGUGGUAAAAUAUGGAGGUCCAAUGGACGUGGCAAAACUUGUUCUUAGAUCAGAAGGUGGUCUGAGAGGCUUAUUUAAAGGCAUGGUUCCUACCCUGGCACGUGAAGUCCCUGGAAAUGCUGUAGUGUUUGGUGUCUAUGAAGCCCUGAAGCAGUUCUUUGCCGGGGGAAGAGACACUUCAGGACUUGGAAGGGGCUCUUUGCUUGUUGCCGGAGGCCUUGCUGGAGCAUCUUUCUGGGUCACCGUCUAUCCGACGGAUGUAGUGAAGAGUGUAAUUCAGGUGGAUGACUACCACAAGCCAAAGUAUUCUGGAUCUGUUGAUGCCUUCAAGAAGAUUUUGGCGUCAGAGGGGUUCAGGGGCCUUUAUAAAGGGUUUGGGCCAGCCAUGGCGCGCAGUGUUCCAGCCAAUGCUGCCUGUUUCUUGGCCUAUGAGGUGACAAGAUCUAGUCUAGGCUGAUGUGGUGGAUUGCAUGCUAAAAUUUUCCUCUCCUGUUUAGAUAUUUUUUUUCCAGAUUUUCUGGUAAAAACUGUGCUAUUCUUUUUCUGUUUACUUUGCUGAGUUCAUAAACCAAUCUUUGCCAGAAAACAUGAUUCUUAAGGUAAAUGUUUUCUUCUGUUACAAUAUUUUCAUCCAGGGAAAGGUUGCUCAUUUGAUAUAUCUCAUAUCCUUUUUGUAUUUUUUCAAUUCAUAUACUAUUUAUAGAAGUUGAAUCAGAUUUGCCA